UGUCACAUCGAUUUUCAAAAGUUUGAAUGUUUUGGAGGGAAUUGGAAAAUGUGGAUUGUGUAUUUUUAUUGGGAAAUGUUGAUUAUACGUUAAAGAUAUUCCUUGUAGUAUCUAAGUUAAACUUGCUACUAAUUUCACAGAUGUUGUCAUGUUUUAAAAAAUUGUAACAGUUAAUUAAACAUAAUGAACUCAUUACAAUCUCUGGAGGAGCACAUUAAAACAAAUAUUAAUUUUAGUAAAUUUAUAAUUAAUUCUGAAGUGCCCGAAAUUUGUAAAUCCCAGCCAUGUAUGCUUGGAGUUGAUGAGGCAGGUCGUGGUCCGGUUUUAGGUCCAAUGGUAUAUGGUGUUGCUUACUGUCCAUUAAGCCAAAAGGAUGUACUGCAAUCCCUUGGGUGUGCUGAUUCAAAAGCUUUGACGGAAGAAAAACGUGAUGACAUUUUACUGAAAAUGCUUACAGACGAAAAUGCGUGCAAUAAUGUAGGAUGGAUUGCUGAAGUCAUAUCACCUAACUACAUCUCCAAUUCAAUGUAUAGAAGGGCCAAACACUCCUUGAACGAGGUUUCAAUGGAUUCAGCAAUAAGUUUAAUCAAAAAUGUCAUUGAACAAGGAGCCAAUAUUGCAGAGAUUUAUGUGGACACUGUUGGACCACCGGAGAAGUACCAGGCAAAGCUGAGCGAUAUCUUUCCUGAUAUAAAAAUUACUGUAGCGAAAAAAGCUGAUUCAAUCUAUCCUAUAGUAUCAGCAGCCAGUAUAGUGGCAAAGGUGACCAGGGACCAUGCUCUCAAAGUAUGGCAGUUCAAGGAGGAUAUACAAAUGGAUCACACUCAGUUUGGCAGCGGAUAUCCAGGAGAUCCGCUAACAAAGAAAUUCAUACGAGAACAAAUAGACAAUGUGUUCGGAUACCCAUUACUCGUAAGAUUCAGUUGGUCCACAGCAGAAUUGAUGCUCCAAGAGAAGGCUGCCAAAUGCACUUUCGAAGAAAUUGACGAGGACGGUAAGAAGAAACCAAGCACUAAAUCCAUAAGCAUGUUCUUCUCUCCCAAAAACGAGAAGAAAAGAAAGAGGCACAAGUUCUUUGAGGAGAGACAUUUAACUGUGGACAAUGCUUUUGAGUAGUACAAUUUGAUGCAAACUUUAUGUCGUCGCUGAAGUAAGCUGCGAGUGUAGCUUCGCGCAGGUAGUCAAAUUUACCGUCCCGCUGAUUGGCUGAUACCGAAUAUUUAAUUCUGCGUACCAAAAAUCAUGAAGUUCGAGAAGUCAUAAAGUUUGAAUCGGACUGUACCUUUUAUGAAAAUUGAUCUUUAUUUUUCAGUUUAUAUAAAUGAGAAUUUAGUAUAAUGCAGAUGAGAUGUUUUUUUAUACCAAUGUGUUGAUAUCCAAAGUUAUAAAAAUGGAUAAACAUUGCAAAUAGUAUUAUAUUUUAAGAUUUAAA